UCCGCCCACCGGACUUGACUCUCCGCCGCCGUGAUCUUUCCUGCGUUGUUUGGGGACAGUAGCAAGAUGGCGGCCACCCCGCUGUACUGUGUCUGCCGGCAGCCCUAUGACGUGAGCCGGUUUAUGAUCGAGUGCGACAUCUGCAAGGACUGGUUCCACGGCAGCUGUGUGCACGUGGAGGAGCACCAUGCUGUUGAUAUUGACGUUUACCACUGUCCGAACUGUGACGUCCGACACGGACCCUCCCUGAUGAAAAGGCGAAACAACUGGCACCGCCACGAUUACACGGAGCCCGACGACGGAGCCAAGCCCGUGCAAGCCGGCACCCCCGUGUUUGUCAAGGAGCUGCAGAGCAGGACCUUCUCCAGCUGCGAGGAGGUGGUGAUGCGCAUGCGCGGCGAGCAGGUGACGCCCAAGUACCUGGAGCGCUCGGGCUUCCGCCACCCCAUCGCCGUCACCGAGAUGGAAGGCCUGGGCCUCAAGCUGCCGCCUCCCACCUUCGGCGUGCGAGACGUGGAGCAGUACGUGGGCGGCGACAAAGUGAUCGACGUGAUCGACGUCGCGCGACAAGCCGACACCAAGAUGAAGCUCAGCCAGUUCAUCAAGUAUUUCACCGGCCCGCAUCGCCCCAAAGUGCUCAACCUCAUCAGCCUGGAGUUCUCCGACACCAAGAUGUCCAAGCUGGUGGAGGUGCCCGACGUUGCUCAAAAGAUGUCCUGGGUGGAGAACUACUGGCCGGACGACUCGUUCUUCCCCAAGCCCUUCGUGCAGAAGUACUGCCUGAUGGGCGUCAAGGACAGCUACACCGACUUCCACAUCGACUUUGGCGGCACCUCCGUGUGGUACCACGUCCUCUGGGGCGAGAAGGUCUUCUACCUGAUCAGGCCCACGCCUGCCAACCUGGCGCUCUACGAGGCCUGGAGCUCCUCGCCCAAUCAGAGCGAGGUCUUUUUCGGGGACAAAGUGGACAAGUGUUACAAGUGCGUGGUGCCUCAGGGAACCACGCUGCUCAUCCCCACAGGCUGGAUUCACGCUGUCCUGACCUCUCAGGAUUGCAUGGCGUUUGGCGGCAACUUCCUGCACAACCUCAACAUUGGCAUGCAGCUCAGGUGUUACGAAAUGGAGCGCCGUCUGAAAACGCCCGACCUCUUCAAGUUCCCUUACUUUGAGGCCAUCUGUUGGUAUGUGGGCAAGAAUCUUCUGGAAACUCUCAAAGAACUCCGAGAAGACACCUGUCCACCUCCGACGUACCUCACGGAGGGCGUGAAGGCUUUAAUCUGUGCACUCAAGACAUGGUUGAAGAGAGAGGUGACUCAGCCCAACAGCGAGGUCCCCGACAACAUCAGGCCAAAUCAUCUCAUCAAAGAGCUCACCAAGGAAAUGCGACACCUGGAGGAGGAACCGAGCAACGGAGGAGGGGGCGUUGGCGUCAAGCCCCUCAAAUCUCAGGGAAGCGUCUGCGGGGGCGGCGGAGGAUCCAACGGGUGCCCGUCCACUCGCGCCACCCUAGAGCGUCUGUGCCAAGCGCGGCAAGCGAGGCGGGCCGCCCGCCGCCUGCGGGAGCAGCAACAGCAGCGGCAGACGCCCCGGACGUCGUCCAACCUGGACAUCCUGGAGAGACACACCAGGGAGGUGCUGAGGAGGCUGGAGGUGGGCCCCUUGGAGGAGGAUCCGGCGUUCUGCGCCAAGGUGCGGGGAAAGCUCAACAAGGCGUCGACGGCCUCGGCCGCCGCCGCCGCAGAAUCCCUGGAGGAGAACCACCUCAGACUCAUGCUGGUCAACGGCAGGAUCAUACGGGAUAUGAGGCGGCCCGCGGCGUGCCCGGUCAAAACGGAGUCCGAGAGGCAUGUCACCGCCGGCGCCAACAAAAGCGCUGACAUCAAGUCACACCGGAUCAAUCGGGGACUACACACCGACGCCCACAAAAUUAUCGCAGAUGUGGAAAGAGUGAAGACUGAACUCAGGGAAGAAGUGUCCGAUGUACACAUGUGUACAUCGGAUGUGGAUUCGGACAGCGACGCCCCCACACAGCUCAAAGUGUCGCCGCUGUCGUCCUCUUCCGACGAGGACUCUGAGGAAGAGGAGCAAAGGCAGAAAGGACACACCAUCGAGCUGGACCAAUCUCGCCAGAAACCACUCAAACGAGAACGUCCUACCUCACCCAGCACGGAAGAAGCCAUUCAGGGGAUGUUGUCCAUGGCCGGCCUGCUGUGCCCCGCCAAGCCGGAGAAGGCAGCAUCGCCCCAAGAACCGUGGUGGUCCUCCGGCCCGGCGGAGCAGCGGGGCCCGGCGCCCCACCAGCAGGGAGUCGCCAGCCCCAUGGACAGCCAAGGCAACAGCAGAGAGGCCUGGGACAAUCAGGGCCUGCCCAGCCCAGAGCACCAUUACCAGUACUGUGACCCCAACAUGUCGCCGCCCCUGCACCCCUCCAAGAGGCACGCCUCCAACCCCCCGCCCGUCAGCAAUCAAGCCACAAAAGGCAAACGUCCCAAAAAAGGCAUGGCCACCGCCAAGCAGAGACUCGGCAAGAUUUUGAAAAUCAACAGACACAGUCGUGUUUUUGUCUAAGACGCUUUUUUUUAAUGAGCUAUUUGGACACUUUUGUGCUUUUUAGAAGUGAGACGAAGUGAAGAGGACAUACGACGAAGGGUCAUGCACCACUUCACGACAAGCACACUAACAAAAGAAAACUGAGGUAGGAAGGGAGCGACUGCGGGCAUUAAAAUGGAGGACGAGGACAAUGAGGUUUACCAAACAACUUUUGACGCCAGGUUGUGAUUAUUUCAUUCAUUCUUUUUUCGGGGUGGCAGAUUUCACAAAUGGUGCUCAUGCUUUGUAAGUCUCACCAGCAAUAAAAAAAAAACCUCUUUAAGGGCAGCAGCUUUUUUCCCCCCUUUCCACUCUUCUUCCUUGCUUUUGAUACAAGCUUAUUGCUGCCCCCUGUUGGUUUGAAUAGGAAUUUUUCACAAAGAAAAAACUCAUGGAUAUUCCGCUUAAUUUAUUUCUCCUUUUGUAUGUGAUUUUUUUCGGGAUGUAUUUAUUAAUGAAGAGAUACAAUUUUAUUAUAUUUUGGAGGUUCUUAAUCUUUGUUUUUCUGUAAAUGUGGCGUGUUUGCGUUGAUAUGCUCGUCAUCUUGUUGUGUAGCAGCGGAUUUACUAAUUAUCAAUUCUUAUUCUCCCUGUAGCCAGUGUGGGGUUUUUUUUUGUUUUCCUGGGCCAUGUGCGACUAGAACGGGUCUGUUUUUAAUCAUCAAUCCACUCGUGCCACUUAGUAUUCUGAGCCACUGUGGUGCCGAGAGGUUGUGAGGAGCUUAAAAUAGUGCUGAUUUUCACGGUUGUUGACUCAGGGAAUGAUGCCAUGAACAGAAUCAAAAGCACCAGCCACCUCACAAAUGCGGAUGUUCUCACGUUUUCAUGUUUGUUUUCGUUUCCCUGCUGUUGACUCUUUCGAAACCCAUUGCUCAGUCUGAUUCAGUCAUCCCCAAAAACAAGUAGCUUUAAGCUCUGCUCAGGUUGAUGCGCACACAACCCGCGAGUGACUUUCAGCACACACGCUUGUAGUUGUUCACAUAGCCGCCGCUGUCGCUUUCCUUCCUGUAGGUUUGUUAAAUCCACUACAGUCCUUUUUUUUCCUUCCCUUCACUUUUGGCAUUUGUGUUCAAAGUGUGAUGGGUCACCGAUUGCUUACAUUCUGAACAACAAUUGAGAUUCAAACACUGGCAAGCUGACACACUGUUUGUGUAUUUCAAACAAUUGCGUGUAAAUAAAACGAGCAAAACUAA